UCGCUUUGGUUUUCUCUCUCUACAAAUCCAACUGCAAUAUUACAAAGACAAGACAACAUAUUAUUAUUCAAUUUGCGGAAAAUAUUUACUGAUCGUGAAGAAAAAACAAACACGAGUAGAAAAGGUUAAGAAUCGGUCCACAAAUUGGAAAAAGUGAAGCCUCCUGGAAGCUUCUCCCCCGUUGUUAUCUGUCGCUCUCUUGCACAAUACAAAGCAGACGCAUUGAUGUACGACGUCGUGGACUGCUCUUUAUAACAACUCAUACUGCGGUAUUUAUGCUUGCUCUCUCUCUCUCUCAAUAUAUAUAUAUAUAUAUAUAUUAUAUCGUUUUCAGUUUUUCUGUUGCCUGUUGAUUUUCGUGCUGAGGAAAUCGGAGUCAAACUGGAGUCCCUACUGGGGGUUAUUUCAAGGAAACUCUGGUGCUAGCAGAAGCAUCUUGUGCACGUGGUUCUCAUUUCUGUUCCCAUAAUCGGAAGUCCUUUUUCUUUUUGCAUCUAUUCUCAUGUGAGCUGGAGUUAUGGAUUACCACCGGGAUAAGUUUGUUAGGUUUAAAGAUUGGAGAUCAGAGAAAAGUUUUAAUGGAGAAUCACCCUCUAGAGGUGGACGGCAACUUGCCAGACUUAGAUCAGCAGUAUGCUCAGUUUCAGACAAAUUCCAGAGAGGACUAGAAUCUGGCUCUGAGAGAAUCAAGAAGUUCACAGGAUCAAUAAGAUCCUUCUCUUUUGGAAAGUUUCAGGAUGAGGGGUCUAGGAAGAAAAUUCUUGAUCCUCAAGGACCGUUUCUUCAGAAAUGGAAUAAGAUUUUUGUAUUAUCAUGUGUGAUUGCUGUCUCCUUGGAUCCCUUGUUUUUCUACAUUCCCAUUAUUAACGAUAAUAAAAAGUGUCUUGAUUUGGACCGGAAAUUGGAACUCGCUGCUUGCAUUCUUCGAUCCUUUACAGAUAUCUUUUACCUCAUACAUAUUAUUUUUCAGUUCCGUACUGGUUUCAUCGCCCCUUCUUCACGUGUAUUUGGAAGAGGUGUCCUAGUUCAGGAUUCCUGGGAAAUAGCAAAGAGAUAUCUAUCGUCGUACUUUAUAAUUGACAUUCUUGCCGUUCUGCCACUUCCACAGAUAGUAAUUCUCAUCGUCAUUCCCAAUUUGAAAGGUUCAAGAUCUUUGAACACAAAGAAUUUGUUAAAAUUUGUGGUCUUCCUCCAAUACAUACCAAGGGUUCUCCGAGUCUAUCCCUUAUAUGGUGAAGUCACAAGAACUUCUGGCAUACUCACUGAGACAGCAUGGGCUGGAGCUGCCUUCAAUCUUUUUCUUUACAUGCUUGCCAGUCAUGUGCUUGGAGCCUUUUGGUAUUUGUUCUCAAUAGAACGCGAAACUACUUGCUGGGAGAGAGCUUGUGGGGAUCGAUCUGCAUGUAAAGAUGCUUCCUUUUAUUGUGAGGCUGAUCACACAGGAUUCAUACAAUUCUUGAAUGAGUCCUGCCCUGUACAGACUGCUAAUACUACGCUUUUUGACUUUGGGAUAUUCCUUGAAGCCCUUCAAUCUGGUAUUGUUGAAUCAAAAGAUUUUCCUCAGAAGUUCUUUUAUUGUUUCUGGUGGGGACUACAGAAUUUAAGUUCCCUUGGUCAGAACCUUCAAACAAGUACCUAUGUGUGGGAAAUUUGCUUUGCAGUUUUCAUAUCUAUAUCUGGCUUGGUGCUGUUUUCGUUUCUGAUUGGGAAUAUGCAGACAUAUUUGCAGUCUACAACACUGAGAUUAGAGGAGAUGAGGGUGAAAAGAAGAGAUGCAGAGCAAUGGAUGUCUCAUCGUCUGCUUCCUGAUAGCUUGAGGGAGCGAAUCAGAAGGUAUGAACAAUACAAAUGGCAGGAAACUAGGGGUGUCGACGAAGAGAAUCUUAUUCAUAAUCUUCCCAGGGACCUCAGAAGAGAUAUAAAGCGACAUCUCUGUUUAGCUUUACUCAAAAGAGUGCCAAUGUUUGAGAAAAUGGAUGAUCAACUCUUGGACGCAAUGUGUGACCGUCUGAAACCAGUACUUUACACUGAGGAUAGCUACAUAGUGCGGGAGGGUGAUCCAGUUGAUGAGAUGCUAUUUAUUAUGCGUGGCAAACUGUUGACCGUUACUACAAAUGGAGGGAGGACUGGGUUUUUUAACUCCGAUUAUCUAAAAGCAGGUGACUUUUGUGGUGAAGAGCUCUUAACUUGGGCUCUAGACCCUCAUUCAUCGUCCAAUCUCCCGAUUUCCACCAGAACAGUUCAAGCCCUCUCAGAGGUCGAAGCAUUUGCUUUGAUGGCUGAUGAUUUGAAGUUCGUAGCCUCCCAGUUCCGACGAUUACAUAGUAAACAGCUGCGUCAUACUUUUAGGUUUUACUCGCAGCAGUGGAGAACUUGGGCUGCUUGUUUUAUACAAGCCGCAUGGCGCCGUUAUUGCAGGAAGAAGCUAGAAGAAUCUCUCCGCGAAGAAGAAAACCGGUUGCAAGAUGCUUUGGCAAAAGGCGGGAGCAGUUCUCCCAGCUUGGGUGCAACAAUUUACGCAUCUAGAUUUGCGGCUAAUGCACUUCGGGCUUUGCGACGCAAUGGUACCAGAAAGACAAGGAUGCCGGAGAGAAUAUCUCCAAUGCUACUUCAGAAGCCAGCUGAACCAGAUUUUACCGCUGAAGAUAAAUGAUAUUAUGUACUUACCGUGAUUCUUUUGUAUAACUGUAUAAUAGUUUUUGUUGUAAUGAAUAUAGCCAUUCAGCUUGGUUUUCUCUGUCCGAGUGCAAGUUGGAUGUUAAGGCAUAAGUACCUUCUGUUUAUAAUCUGAUAUGUAAAUCAUUACGUCUUGUUGCCUGUUUUGUGUCAAUCAUGCCUUCUUUUUUUA